UCCGCCUUAGCAGUUUUUACCUAUCACUUUUAGCCAACACGGCUUUUGUAGGAGUCCUGCGUACCUCUGGUUAUGCUGUGGGACAUGUGGGUUGACUGUGGGCCACAAGUGUUACUGCUGACAUCCUUUGAGCCCGUGAUUAUUUUGGUUUCAUUUCCGAUUUGGCGAAGAUGUCGUCUGGAAAGCAGCUCGUUAAAGGUAAAAGUGGCCUGCGAAUGAUCGCUGUUUCUGAAGAUGAACGUUGUCCUUUUCUUUUGGAGGAGCCUCACUGGACUGAUGAUAAACAGUUUCCAAACUGUGUAAAGUGCAAUCGGAAAUUCGACUUCACUCAUCGAAGGCACCACUGCCGACGAUGUGGCAAGAUAUUUUGCGGCACAUGCUGUGAUCAUAAAGUUAUGUUACCGAGGCUCAGUUUUGUCGACCCUGUCAGAGUGUGCGAAGAAUGUUCUCACACAGCCAAACGUGAAGAAGAGUUUUUUGAGAGACAUCUGAAGACAUUGAUGACUGGUGCUUAUUUUAUUGUGGAUGAGUCAGAGCCUUUGAGAUUCCUUUGCAAACUUGAACAUCAUUCUCAGAGAGAACUUCUGUUUGAGUGUUCUGACCAUGAUAAAUCAGCAGUCCAUGAGCCAGUGAUGUUAAUGAAAAUUGUAUCAGCGCAGCUUGUGGCAAAUGAAGAGAACUCCUCUGUUAGCGGCCUCAUCUUAAAGUACAAAGAACACGAUGAGAUGCUGGAGGUUAAACUCACUGUGGUACCUUCACCUGAAGAACACAGAAAACAAUCACUCACCUGGCUAGCUGCCAUGCAGAAAGCUAUAAAGAUGCUGUUUGAGGUGGGAAACUAGACAUCAUGUACCGUUAGAUCUGCAGGGUCAAAAUAAAUUUAUAUGAUCCACAAGUGAUGAGCUGGGAUUAAAAACUGAUUUACCUGCUAGAUCAAGUGAAGUACCAGACAGAAUCAAAAUUACAGAACAAUUCAGUCUGUUUUUAGAUGUUAUAAGUCCUUCCAAAGUACAGGUAGUUACCUGUAGGUAGCAUUAGAAAUGUAAGAUUCACUACAUAGAUAUGCCUUUGGUGCAGUUAUCGACAACGUUUUCUAAAAAGUGUUCACUUUGGUAUGACAACAAAGUUGUGCUAGAUUGACUGCGCUAGUGUAGUUGGGUCAAACCAAAUCAUUCCAUCCAAUCAUAGAACAACAAGAAAUUGUAAGCUGACAGAUCAGUAGGGAGAAUUUCUUAUAAUGUUGGCAGCACAUUUCCCUUUAAUAAUAUAGUCUGAUUGCAUACUUUGGUUUGGUAUAAGGACCAUGUUUUAUUGGAGUAUAAAACAUACAAGAGCUAGAUAUGUUUUAUGCAAAAAUACAGGCGAUACUUCACACACUCUCAUUGGUCGAUAGGUUUGUUUAGAUGAGAUUAUGUGAACACAAUUUUGUGAUGUUUUAGAUUCGCACAUAUUUUUGAGAAAUAUUUUAUAAAAGCAAUAGACUACUUUUUCCAUGUUUACAUAACCUCAUCUAAACACUUAGGGGAUUGGGAGCCCUCAACCGCAUCUCUGGUUUGCAUAAUUGUCUCAAAUUCUCUAAACCCUCCUUGUGUUUAGAUGAGGCUAUGUACACGUGAACAUGGAAAAAGUGCUCCACUGUUUAAUUGGUUUGCAUACUUUGACAGUACAAUACACUGUAUAUCAUAAAGCAUAUGAAGAAGCUUAACCUGAUAUUAUGUAUUAUACUGUCGUAAAACAAUUUGGAAAUAUAAGAGCACUUGAGGAAUAAAAAUGUAUAUAAGACACUUGUCAGUGA